GGAAUGUUUUGAAGCCUGAAGGUUGAUACUGCACCAGUGUAAGUAUGGCCUGGGAGUUUGAAUCAAAGCCUGUUGAGAUCAAACGAGCUGUGGGGAUGACCCCAGAUGUCUUCACGAGUUGCUAUAGAAACAUGCAUCCCAUAAUACUCACUGACAUAGUCAGCACCUGGAAGCCAAUCAGAGCUUGGAGCCCCGCAUACAUUAGCCAAGCACUGGCACAGGUGAAGGAGAAAUGGACUGUGUUUGUUGCCCAUGACAACCAACAUUUUCUAAACCACCCAGAGGUUACCAAAAAGGUAGAAAUGACACCAGAACAACUAGUCGCUGCAGUUUUCAGAACAGAAUCUGCUCAAAAAGCGAUGUUGAAGACCUCGAAUGGCAAUGAAAAUUUGUCACCAGAGGCUCCCAAAUCAGAUGCGAAGGAAGAAAAUGUUACUGACAAAUGUACAACUGAUAUGAAUACCGUGUGUAAACAUGAGGAAAACAGAAGAUAUUACUUGAGAAGUUUCAGUAUGCCUGAGUCACUGUAUCAAGACAUCUUCAUCCAAAACCAGGCCAAACAUCUGCUGGACAGUAUCUACCAGUUGGCUAAUGAGCAGUUUUUGAGUGAACAAGAGAAUUGGAUGGAUUCUGAAGACAAAGAUGUCAACAAAGAAUUUGACAAGUUGGCAGUCAGAAAAGACAACCACGAAAUCCCUUCUCCUGGAAGUUUUGAAUUGAAACAGGAAGAAGUUGGUUUAAAGACAUACAAUUCUAAUGGUUGCAAACAAAGUUCAAAUGAAGAAGAGGGCACAGAUGCACACCUGAGCAAAGCAUUGCAGUACAGUGAUUGUGCGACAGAGGGCGUUAGUGAGUCAUGUGAACUGCACACAGACACGACUGACUCGAGUUUUGCCCAGAUGAAACUCCCCACAAGGUUUGAGAUUGGCUGUAAAAGAAUCUUCAAUCAGAACACCAUGCAGCUGUGGCUGGGGAGUGCAGGGAACGUGACCCCCCUGCAUUAUGACAGGAACCACGGCCUACUCUCACAGAUCGUAGGUUGUAAAGAGCUCAUCCUCUUUUCUCACGAGGACACGAACAACUUGUAUCCAUAUUCCAGUCUCAGCGACAGGUCGCAUACCAGCCGCAUCAAUCUCCGAACAACAGACCAAGAGGAGAUUGAGCGCUUCCCCAGAGUGGCGGAGGCACUAAGGUACCAUUGUGUUCUCAGGCCAGGAGAACUGCUGUACAUCCCUCCCUUCUGGUGGCAUGAUGUGACCUCACUUGACCCCUGCGUGUCCGUGACCCUACCCUGGGACCUGGAAGCACAUGAAGAUAUCCCAGCAUGCAUGUGGAGACAUCACUUGGAAGUCAUAACUAAGGAAAAGGAUGCUGGGAUAUGUGAUACAGAGGAUGCUGGUAUUGGUGCUGCAAUGCUUUCUGGGACUGCUGCUUACUAACUGCAAUUCAAUAACUCUUGAAUAUAUGGUUUUUCUUCUUUUGCUUGCUAUAGGUGACUUGAGUGUCAAACUUCAAGAAAUACAUGUGUGUUUGCCAAAAUUUAAUGAUCUUUUAACAUCUAUAAAGUUAAGCAGGUGUGUUAAAUAGAAUUAUGUUUUAAAUUCCUAGUAAAGGUGAAAAUGAGAAUUGUCUUUGUGCAACAUUGUUUUUUUAGCUCUCCUGCUUUGGGCAUACCAUGCUCUUUCUUAUAUCUAUUACACAAGCUUUCUUUUAUAAUUUUUCUUCUACUUCAAGGACUGACACCAACAUAAUAGACACUAAAAAUAAAAAAAAUAAAUUCUGUCACAGCUUCAUACAGUUUUGCAUCACUGUUAUUAUUAUUGAUACAUGUUGUUAAUUGUAGUAAAGAUUAAGGUAGAUUUAAUGGAGAUAUCAGAUACAUCUAUAUUGAAAGUUUGUUUCAUUGAAUUUUGUAACUGAAUUUUAAAUAUUUUUUCCCUUUAAAGCAUGCAUUUGGAAUUUGUAAAUAGAAAUCUUAUACUUUUUGCUAUGUUAACAACAUAGAGAUAGUUGUGUGAAUUGCAAUGUACAAAAUUUUUUGUUGAGUAAAACAUAAAUAAAAAUAAAAUGUUUAAGCAUGACCUUAGGAUAUUUUGCCAUUGAAUGGGUACUUAUAUAUAUUUGGUUGUUAUGUUCUGCUAUGUUGGGUUGUGUUAUUGGACUGUUUUAGAUGUGAACAUUUAUCUAAACAUGUUGUCUGAAGACA